UUGCAUAUGCCACGUCCAGGGAGUCGUUUUAAAGAAGUCGAUGCUAUAUAUCGCAUUUAGUUAUCGUUGAAACGAGGCGUUCCAUCCUCUAUAAAGGAGGUUUGGAGCUGUCCUGGCGUUUUCCUUCAAUAACAACAAUUUCACCAGAAACUCUUAGGGCAAUUGAGUCUCAAUUGGUUUUUUAAACACUUCAUAUUAACUUGGUGACAAUACGCGGCCAAAAUCGGUAUUAAGAGCUUUUAAACACAAACUUUUGUUUCCGAGGGACACGCACGUUUAUUUUGACAUUCCUGGUCGUUACACUUAGGAUCGGUCUCUUUUUUGAGCUAUCGGUCACAUUAUUAUUAUUUUGUAUUUCUACUGUAUUUACUGGCAAUCAUUUAUACCAGACCCCUGUCGCAAUCUUUGAAGCGACAGUGAUAAGACUAUCAUCCCCAAAAUCAAGUGUAACUAUAUUUUUUAGGAAAACAAGCGAAGUUUGUUGCAGAUCUUUCACUUCGUCUGAAUCUUUAUAAUCUUGCUGCUGAUUUUUCUCUCUUUGCAAUUGACCGACGUUAAACCAUGGCUACAUUAGGGGCAAAGUUGCGCCGAGCGAAAGAGAGCUUCUUUAGCAAAGCUUUUUGGGUUGGUGACUAUAAUUACCUUGACAUGAUUGUACCGGCAAUUCCCUUUACGAAACGUCGGCCAUCGCAACCACCGUUUUUCUCACUCAAUGAUUCGGUGCCUUUGCUAAUGUCGGUCCUGUUAGGUUUUCAGCAUGCCUUGGCCAUGGUUGGCGGCGUCACAACUCCUCCUCGUAUCAUUGGAUCUGCAGCGAACUUGUCGGAAAAAGAUCUGAAUUACCUGGUGUCAGCUGGACUGAUUGCCAGUGGCAUUCUUACAUUGAUUCAAAUUGCUCGCUUUCAUAUUCCUAAAACGAAGUAUUACAUCGGAACGGGCAUGCUCUCGGUACUUGGUAUCUCUUUCACCACUGUGUCAAUUGCCCCGAAAGCUUUCCAGCAAAUGUACGAAAAUGGCAUGUGCACAAUUAAUGAGAACGGUGUAAAAGAACCGUGUCUUGCAGGCUAUGGCGCUCUUUUGGGCACUUCCUGUGUGUGUGCACUGCUCGAAGUUGUCUUGUCUUUCCUUCCUCCGCGCAUUUUGAAGAAAAUGUUUCCAAACAUCGUUACCGGCCCAGUUGUGUUGCUCAUUGGCGUGUCGUUGGUGAGCACUGGCAUGGCAGAUUGGGCCGGUGGAAGCGGCUCGUGUACUGGACAUCCCACAGAAUCGCAAAUGCCGGGGUACUCUUUGUGUCCUUAUGAUACAGCACCACAUGCUCUUCCUUGGGGAAGUGCUCAAUUUAUUGGUCUUGGAUUUAGUGUUUUUGCGACGAUUAUUAUUUUGGAACGUUUCGGUUCGCCUCUCAUGAAGACUACUUCUGUUGUAAUUGGCUUGGUAGUUGGUAUGAUUAUCUCUGCGGCUACAGGCUAUUGGGACCGCUCGAUCAUUGAUGCAGCUUCAGUCGUGAAUUUUAAUUGGGUUCGUACGUUUCCACUCAAGGUUUAUGGUCCUUUGGUAUUACCGUUGUUGGCUACGUUUAUUGUGAAUAUGAUGGAAGCAAUUGGCGAUAUUGGUGCAACGUCUGAUGUGUCCAUGUUGCCCAUUGAUGGUCCUGAGUUUGAUUCUCGUGUUCAGGGCGGAAUUCUGGGUGAUGGCCUCGCGUCUAUUCUUGCCGGUCUGAUGACCAUUACGCCUCUCACAACAUUCGCUCAAAACAACGGUGUCAUCUCUCUGACUCGUUGUGCCAAUAGACGUGCGGGUUAUGCCUGUGCUGGCUUUUUAAUUAUCAUGGGCUUUUUUGCGAAAUUUGCUGCAAUCUUUGUUGCCAUCCCUUCGCCUGUCUUGGGGGGAAUGACAACCUUCUUGUUUUCUUCUGUGUGUGCUUCUGGUCUGCGUAUCAUCUCCAGCAUUAAGUUUACAAGACGGAACAGGUUCAUUCUUACGGCUUCUUUGUGUUUGGGAUUAGGUGCUACAAUGGUACCGUCUUGGUUUACCUACUUCUUCACUUAUUCCGGCGACAACAAGUCGUUGCGCGGUUUCCUGGAUGCCAUAACUCUGGUUAUGGAAACUGGUUUUGCAUUGUCGGCGGUAGUUUCCAUUGUGCUCAACUUAGUUUUACCGGAAGAAGAGAAUUCGCCCCUUAAUGAUCACGGAGAGAUUCGUGUAGCUGAAGUGGAAAAUGUUGUUGUAUUGCCUGAUGUUCCUAUGAAAACAAUUGAUUCUUAUGACGGUGAUUCAUCCUUGGAAACGGAAAUAAGAUCUGAUGAGAAGAAGAAGAACGACGUGCUUACUAUGGCUAAUAUGGUGUAAACGUAUCACCGCUUGCACCACACUAUUCUUGCUUUUGUGCUUGUUCACCUAAUACCUUUCAUUCCCGAACUUGAAACGUUCUGUUUUUUGUUAUAUUCCCCCCUCUCCUGCGCUCAGUUAUUUGCUGUUUUUCUUUUUCUUAAUUAGUUUUCAGUUUACCGAUAGUCAUUUUUGAUUGUUUGAUCACAUAGUUCUUCGCCAUAUUAAUUUAAUAAUUGUUCGUAUAAAGAUAAUUGAUGUUAUUGUUUUUUUGUGUUUGUUG